AUGAAUAUCCACAAGCGAAAUUACGAGGAAGACGCGAUGCGUCUUCGCCAGUUCCUGGAGAGUCACUACACUCAUGAUCCGGAUACUGGGAAGAAAGUGUUCAAAUACAGUGACAUGGUGCGCGAUGUAGCGAACCGAGAAGCAGUUACAGUCGAGAUCGACUUGGAAGAAGUGGCCGAGUUUGACGAGGAUCUUGCCAGAGCGAUUAGAACGAACACGAUUCGAUACCAGCGGCUUCUUUCGAGCACCCUUGAUGAGCUCAUUCCCAAAUACAGAUCUGUUCAGAAUCCACCAGUGAAAGACAUCUUAGAUACUUACAUUGAGCACCGAUUGUUGCUCGAAGCCCGACAACACCCGGACGAGGCCUCCCGCGACGCUCGUCCGGCCAAUCAGCGAUUUCCCCCACAACUCAUGCGACGAUUCGAAGUCGGCUUUGUCGAGCCCAAGUCCAGAUACGCAGCUGUAGCUGUUCGCGACGUCAAAGCCAAUCAAAUUGGAAAGCUCGUUUCUGUCAAGGGAAUCGUCACUAGAGCUACAGAAGUAAAACCUCAGCUGGAAGUGGCCACUUACACUUGCGACCGAUGUGGCUCCGAAAUUUUCCAGCCGAUUGCUGGCCCAAGCUUCAAGCCACUGACUGACUGUCUUUCAAAAGAAUGCACUGAGAACAAGUCCGGUGGACGACUCAACCUCGAGCACCGAGGAUCCAAAUUUACAAAGUUCCAAGAGCUGAAGAUUCAAGAGCACACUGACCAAGUGCCAGAAGGAGGCAUUCCUAGACAGAUUACUGUUCAUUGCCGCGGAGAAACAUGCAGAAAUGCUUCGCCUGGCGACCACGUGGUUGUACAGGGCGUGUCUUUGCCAUUGAUGGGUUCAGGCUUCAACCGUGGCUUGUUGUCCGACACUGUCUUUGAAGCGCACAAAAUCUACAAAAUGAACAAGAGCGAAGUCGAGAAUGACCAAGAAUUGACAGAAGAAGAGAUCGAAACUAUUAGAACAGGAGACUACUACAGUAAAUUAGCUACCUCGAUUGCUCCUGAAAUCUUCGGACACACUGAUGUAAAGAAAGCCCUGUUGCUCCUGCUCGUCGGCGGCACAAAUAAAAAUACAAAUUCUGGCAUGAAGAUCAGAGGAAACAUGAAUCUGAUUCUGAUGGGAGAUCCUGGUGUGGCAAAAUCCCAGCUUCUCGGCUUCAUCGAUCGACUUGCCCCUCGAUGCCAGUACACUACUGGUCGAGGUUCAUCCGGUGUUGGUUUAACAGCUGUCGUCCAAAAAGAUCCAGUCACUGACGAAUUCGUUCUCGAAGGAGGAGCUCUUGUUCUCGCCGAUCGAGGCAUUUGCUGCAUCGACGAAUUUGACAAAAUGCAGGAACAGGAUCGAGUCGCUAUCCACGAAGUUAUGGAACAACAGACGAUUUCAAUCGCCAAAGCCGGCAUCAUGACCACCCUGAACGCUCGGGUGUCGAUUCUUGCCGCGGCCAACCCCGCUUUUGGCAAGUACAACACUAGAAAGUCUGUAGAGCAGAACGUUAACUUGCCGCCUGCGCUGCUCUCUCGUUUCGACCUUCUUUGGCUGAUGCAAGAUGUUCCCGACAGAGAUCAUGAUCUUCGCCUGGCUCAGCACGUCACCCACGUUCAUCAGUACUCUCAACAUCCAAAGACGAAUACAGAUGUUCUUUCCAUCUCUCAAAUGAGACGAUACCUCGAGCUCUGCCGACAAAAGGAGCCCACUGUGCCUCAACAACUCACCGAGUACAUUACUCAAGCCUACGUCGAGCUCAGAAAAGAAUCGAGAGAAUUUACUUCUGCUCGAACUCUUUUAUCAAUCCUUCGAUUGUCCACAGCUGUUGCCAAGCUAAAGCUACAGGACCAAGUCACCCGGGAGGAUGUUCAAGAAGCGAUUCGACUGAUGGAAAUGUCCAAAGACUCUAUCAAGGGCAAAACAAACUCAAGACGCACUCGCGCCCGACCGACGGAUCUUAUCUACCGAGAGAUCCAAGAUCUCAUCCCACCAAAGCCCGCUGCUCCUGUCAUCAACGUCCGCGAGGCCCUUGCUCGCGCCCAAGCUCGUGGUUUUACCAGAGACCAGUUCGACGAGUGCAUCGAAGAGUACGAAGAAUUGGAAGUGUUUGCCCUCAACGCGCAUCGAACCAAAAUCACCUUUAUUGGCAACAUUUAA